UGGCGAGCGCGUCCUUUGCUCCGUGCGGGUCCGGGCCUCUGUACCUGCCGCGCCGGCGGCUCCUCUGCCGCCACGGAGGCCGCGCCCACGCCUGCUGCCCGCGACGAGCCGGGGCGCGGGGCGGCCGCGCCCUUCCCUCUGCCCUCCUAGGAAAUCUCUACGCCCCUUGCCCCGACCCUUCGGGAAACCGCCCCUCACCGCCUUGCCCCAGACCAGGAAGCUCUGAACCCCUGAAUUCCGUUUUCAGAGCCCACUCUCCGGGCCCCUGACCUUUCUUUUUCAUCUACCCCGAGACAAUUCCGCUUGAUCCCUCCGUCCCCAUUUCUCUCACCUUCCUGCGGCGUCCUGGUGGUGGGCAUCUCCCUCCUCGGGCAGAGGGAAGCAUGGGGCCAGCAAGGGUCCUGGAGCCUCAGGAGGAGGAGGCCGGAAGACAUGGCUGCCUCCCUAAUUCCUCAGCUCCUCCUGUGUAACCAGUUGCCCUUUUGGAAAUUGCGCGGGUAUCGUGGCUGGAUGCCAGUGUCACUGACGGGUCUUCAGCGUAUCAUGCAGAAGUAACAUGUUCCCAGCAUUGGAAAAGGAGCUAAAGCAGACUCUUCCUGAUCCCUAUGAAGACUUUAUGUACCGUCACCUCCGGUACUAUGGCUACUUUAAAGCUCAGAGAGGCAGUUUGCCAAGCUCUGCGACGCCCCAGCGUGUUUGGAAGAAUAAUCCUCGAUACCUGUUGAGUGGCUCUUUUAGAGAAAGAGAUGAUUUGAUACCAGACCCUCUGCAAAAGGAGAAGCUUCUAUGGCCCACCUGUCUAUCUUCAACUGUGCACAGACAGAUAGAAGCUGUGAGCAGAGAUUCCCUUAUGCUGAAGUCACCACUUCUCCAGAGCAGACGGCUUCUUCAUGAUGAGUUUGGCAAAGUAAACCCACAACGUCGAGAGCCCCGAGAUCUCUUUGCCUUUUUGUCUAGCAGCGGGGCACUGCAGGCUCCAAGAUGGCCAGUGGAAUGUGAGGUCAUCAAGGAAAACAUUCAUCAUAUUGAGUGGGUUCCACCUCAACCGGAAUAUUUCUAUCAACCUACAGGAAAUGAAAAGCUACCAGAAAUUGUAGGAGAGGAAAAAGGCACAGUUGUCUAUCAAUUAGAUUCAGUGCCCGCUGAAGGCUCCUACUUCACCAGUUCCAGAGUGGGAGGCAAACGAGGAAUUAUCAAGGAACUCGCCGUCAUGUUGCAAGGACCAGAAGAUAAUACUCUACUGUUUGAAUCAAGGUUUGAGAGUGGCAAUCUGCAAAAAGCUGUCAGAGUAGACACCUAUGAGUAUGAACUCACCUUGCGAACUGACCUCUACACGAACAAACACACUCAGUGGUUUUAUUUUCGAGUUCAGAACACCAGAAAAGAUGCCACCUAUCGCUUCACCAUCGUCAACUUGCUAAAACCCAAGAGCCUUUAUACUCUAGGGAUGAAGCCCCUCAUGUACUCCCAACUGGAUGCCAACACCCGCAACGUUGGCUGGAGGAGAGAAGGAAAUGAAAUCAAGUACUACAGGAACAACACGGAUGAUGGGCAGCAGGCCUUUUACUGUCUCACGUGGACCACUCGGUUUCCGUACGACCAGGACACCUGUUUCUUUGCACACUUCUACCCAUACACGUACACGGAUUUGCAGUGCUACCUCCUGUCCGUGGCAAACAACCCUGUCCAGUCUCAGUUCUGCAAGCUCCGAACUUUAUGCAGGAGCCUGGCAGGAAACACCGUCUACCUGCUCACCAUCACCAACCCAUCCCGGACCCCCCAAGAGGCAGCUGCAAAGAAAGCCGUGGUCUUGAGCGCCCGAGUCCACCCCGGGGAAAGUAACGGCUCCUGGAUCAUGAAAGGCUUCUUGGACUUCAUCCUUAGCGACUCCCCAGAUGCCCAGCUCCUCAGAGAUAUCUUUGUCUUCAAAGUGGUUCCCAUGUUAAAUCCAGACGGAGUAAUUGUGGGGAAUUAUCGGUGUUCGUUGGCUGGAAGGGACUUGAACAGGCAUUAUAAAACCAUUCUUAAGGAGUCUUUCCCUUGCAUCUGGUACACCAGAAACAUGAUCAAGAGACUUCUUGAAGAAAGGGAGGUUCUCUUGUAUUGUGAUUUCCAUGGCCACAGCCGGAAGAAUAACAUCUUCCUGUAUGGCUGUAAUAACAACAAUCGCAAGUACUGGCUUCAUGAGCGAGUCUUUCCUUUAAUGUUAAGCAAAAAUGCACCAGAUAAGUUCUCUUUCCAUAGUUGUAAUUUUAAGGUCCAAAAGUGCAAAGAAGGAACAGGACGAGUGGUGAUGUGGCGGAUGGGAAUCCUCAACAGCUACACCAUGGAGUCGACCUUUGGCGGCUCCACCCUGGGCACUAAAAGAGACACUCACUUUACCACUGAGGACCUAAAAUCUCUAGGUUAUCAUGUCUGUGACACCCUUCUGGACUUCUGUGAUCCUGACCGAGCCAAGUUCACACAGUGUCUGGCAGAGCUUAAAGAGCUCUUACAACAGGAAAUCCAUAAGAAAUUCAAUGAACUUGGACAAGAUAUGGAUUUAGAAGGAAAUUGGAGUGACAUCUCCUUGUCUGACAUUGAAUCCAGCACCAGUGGUUCUGACAGCUCCCUCUCAGAGGGUCUCCCUGCUCACCUGCUGAACAUAGCACAUGAGUUGAAUCAGAAGAAGAUGCAUAAGAAGAAAAAAAAGAAGCCACUUCAGACUAGGAAACAGCGAAAUGAGCAGUAUCAGAAAAAUAAUUUGAUGCGGGAGUUGAAGUUAACAGAAGAUGCUCCAGAAAGGGCAGGGUUUGCUUCUACUCUGCCAAAACAGCCUACCUUUUUCAAAAAUUCAGAGAAUACCAGUUCUUCAACAAUGAAAAAUGAAAAACCAAGGUUGAAUGAGUCACAGUUAAGUGGAAGAAACAAAGGCACCUCCCUGGACCCAUCAAAAAUGACUGCCUUGAUUCUGACUACAAAUAAAGAGAGAACACAGAGAGAGAAGCCCGGAUUUACAGUAUCGUGCUCUCCGAAGAGAAGCACAGACCCCAGCCAAGAGCCAGCUCUGGAUAUGAAGCCCACCUGGUCCAGGAACAGAUAUCCUGCUGCAAAGAGAGGCCGCGCCACCAUGGCGGCAUACCCGUCUUUGCACGUGUACACAUACCCCUAAGGCGCAUGGGCCGCGCCACACAGGCGCUUCCUGGUGUGUUUUGACAUGUUUGUACCGAGGGGAGUUGUGUGAUUGGGAACUGUGUUCCUUUGUGGUAUACUCUGUUGUGUCCUGACACUGUGUGCUUACACCGUGUGCAUGCCCUCUAGAGGCGUACCUCAUGAAUUCAAUUAUUUUUUCAUAGAAUAAAAUUUUAUUAUGAUGUAGAGAAAAACUUCCUUUAUCAGAAAUUGAUGUGCUCGUGAAACUACAGCACAGAUAUACCUCAUUUUAACCAAUAGAUAUUCUCUCUAAAAUUAUAUGCAAAUCAAUUUUAAGAGAUCAAACUCUGUUUUAAAACAUUCUGGGAGUGUGCUCCGUUAAGAAAGUCUUGUG